GUAGGUGAGGCAGAACUGGUUGAGACUCCUGAGGACUACGAACCUGAGCACUGGGAGUACUACAAGCACCCCAUCACCAGGUGGAUUGCACGGACCUUCUAUGAUUCCCCAGUGAAGGACUAUGAAAAGAUGAUGGCUGCGAUCCAAAUAGAGAAAGAAAAGGCAGACAUGAGACUGAUGCAGCUGGAGGUGCGUCGACAGAUGAGGCAGAAGGGAGACGGCCCCUGGUUCCAAGUGGAGACCCUCAACAAGGAACUAAUUGACAACAGCCCCAAGUCAUCACCUGACAAUUAAUCCAGAAGUGUCUGCCAUCUGUGCAUCAUGCCGAUGAAGCUCACUGUUUGUACAUUUUUUCCCUCCUUGCGUAAAUAAAGUAUAUAUGUACUCUAA